AUGGGUUCCAGCACGAGGAAAAAGAACCAAAAGGCCAAGGACUUUGCGAAACCAAAGUUCAAGGUCGGCAAGACCAAGGCCAAGCCGGCCAACUUCACAGACACCAGCUUCAAGGCCAAGUCCAUUGUGAUGGGCCAGCAGUCCCUCGCAGAAGAAGCCCCUGACGUCGGAACACAAUUCAAACACCACCUCUCCCUCGCAUCUACCUCAAGAUCAGACAAGGUGCGAAAAGAAGCGCUGGCACAUCUCACGAGCCAGGUGGGCUUUGGCAACAACCCCGUCGGCACCGCCACCAUCCUCGGCAAACUCCUGCCCCUCAUCUCUGACGCCUCAGGUCCCGUCCGCAGUCAACUACUCAAGCUCUUCCGUGAACUCCCAGAAACCGAAGUCAGGCAUCACGCCGAAAAGUGCAUCAUGUACAUUCGCGCCGGCAUGACGCAUCUUUCUGCCGACAUCAGUAACGAUUCCCUGUCAGUAUUGGAGUGGCUUCUUGAUGUUGCGGAGGACGAGACCGUCAGCUGUCCCGGCGGCUGGGUCAAGACGCUCAACAGCUUCUGCGCGCUGAUGGGAUGGUCCGUAAAGUCGAGUACGGGGUGGACGAGUGCGCCAAAGACCGGUCUGAGAUCUAAAGACUCGCAAUCGCACGCAAGGCAGGUUGGAGUGCUAGCGAGGUUUCUCCAGGCAGGGCUCAAGCCAGAGGUUGCGGCGCCGAGUAACCCGAACGCCCUCUACGACAACAUGUACCGCAUCCCACGGGCACCAAAUCCAUUUGCGUAUCUGAACCUAUUCGGGACUCGUAGAGACGAAGAGGCGGAGAUGUACAACGAUCGCGAGUCUCGACAGCGUGUUUUUCAUAAGAGGUUCUCGGAAUCCUUCAGCCGCGGUAUUGAGCAGGCAAAGAAGGAGGGCGGUGCGAGUGGUCGAUCUGCCAUCACUUUGGAGAAAUCAUUGAAGGAGGAUAUGGAGGGAUAUGAGCCUACUUCCGCCGUUGACCCUCAGGAUUUGCUGGAUUUAUGGUAA